CGAGGCUGGACUCUUCUCACUUGCUGGUGAUUCCAGUGCAAACCAAAGGACAACACUUUCAUACAGGAAAUGUGGAGAUUUUUCACCGUCAAAGUUGCCCUAAAGUGACUUGGAUGUUAGAUAAUCACAUGGAAUUUUUCAUAUUUUUUGUUCUUCCUCACUUGGAAUGUGGAUUAUUUCUCAAACUGGAGAGCGAACACUAACUGGUAAUGCCAUGUACUUUCUCAAUCCACUUGGAACAUAGAUGAUGCUAUUUGAACUCCAAUCAUGAUUUGGGACCUGUGUAGAAAAUCUGCUCCAGAGUCAGUAAUGGCUUGGGGUUAUGUUGUCAUCAGAACAACUUUGGAGUAAAGACCUGCAGAGUGCCAAGGGAGGCAUUCCCAUCAAAACAGACACUGACAUCAUCAUAAACUCAUCUGGCCUUUUGUGGCUGAAGCGUCAGGACCGCUGUUGGAGAAACAUGACGAAUCACAGAGAUUCUUGUCGUCUACACAACCUGGCCUACCAUCCUCCAUGGUGGCACAAUACAGCAAAAAUGAAGAGAAAUAAGGACAUGAGAACAUCAAGUAGUUCUGAGGGGUGUCGUCAACUCAAAUCAUCUUCAUCCUUGUUGCUAGCAUCAUCACUGUCAAAACCACAGUUGCCAUUGACUUCCAUGAAUCUCUUCAGGAGUUGGAAGGAAAAACUGUCUCUUCUCUUCCUCUUCAUAAUCUCAUUUUUCCCCUGUCAAGUAUGGGCCACAACUUUCAAAGUUGCCUUGGUUGGACCCUGGACUUGUGACCUAUUAUAUUCUAAAGCCCUUCCAGACGUGGCGGCCCGCCUAGCCAUCAGUCGCAUAAACAAAAACCCCUACCUCAACAGAGGCUACUGGUACGACUACGCACUGGUCAAUGAGGAUUGUAAGUCUACUCGUGCCCUAGUUCGCUUUUCGGAUCUGGAAGGUUAUGGAGCUGCUUUCCUGGGUCCAGCCAACCCGGGUUACUGCUCCUCGGCAGCUUUGUACACAAAAGAGUGGGAUGUUGGGAUUCUGUCUUGGGGUUGUCUGAAGCCCUACAUGAAAACAAUGGACAUGUAUCCCACUUUUUCGAGGCCACUGCCAUUGUCUUCCAAUGUACUUUUCACUGUGUUGCGGUAUUUUCGAUGGGCCCAUGUGGCCAUCAUCUCAGAGGACACAGAUUUGUGGGAAGCAACAGGACAUGAGUUAGCCUCUUCCCUGAGGGCUCUUGGCCUUCCUGUUAACCCAGUUGUCACCAUGGACACAGAGAAGGACGGGCCUCGCAAAGCUCUGGCGAAAGUAAGGGAAGCAGAUCGGGUCAGAGUGAUCAUCAUGUGCAUGCCUUCCGUCCUGAUUGGUGGCCAAGCCCAGUACCAGCUUCUGACCACAGCCUUAGCUAUGCGUAUGAUCGACCGUGGCUAUGUGUUUAUUCCCUACGACACUCUUCUCUACUCACUGCCCUACAAAGAAGCAUUCUACUACAUGCUGGGAAAUGACACCAAGCUCCGAAAAGCCUUUGAUGGAGUUCUCACCAUCACAAUGGAGUCUGGGGAGCGCAAUUUCUAUGAGGCGUUCAAAGAUGCACAAGAUAGCUUUGAACUACGCAGCAGCACUCCAGCAGAGCAGGUUUCUCCAUUCUUUGGCACCAUUUACAACAUGAUGUACUACAUAGCCAUGGCUGUUGAACAAGCCCGUUCCGAUGGAGGUCACUGGGUAACUGGUCGCACCUUGGGCAACAGUGAGGGUGGCUUUGAGUUUGAAGGAUUCAAUCAGCCGCUGCAGGCUGGAAGAAAGGGUGAAGGAAUGCAAGCUGGUUACGUGGUCCUGGACUACAGCGGCAUGGGGAACUCCCUUUACUCCACCCAUUUUCUGCACGCAUCUCACACUGACACCCUGACCGGGGGUUUGAAAUACCUCGGCCGGUCAGUCCAUUUUGCAGGCAGCACCCCCUACACCGACUCAAGCUGCUGGUUUAGCCCAUACUUUGCAUGCAGUGGAGGCUGGGAUUCAACGACUGCCUUCUUCGUUUUUGUUUUACUCAUAAUGUUUGCCGGGUUUGGAGCAAACAUCAUACUUCGAUUCAAGAGAGAAGGCAGGGUCGGCUUUGGCUUUGGGGGUGAUGGAAAUGGUGGGCCGUCAAAGGUAGUCCUAACCCUGGAUGAUCUUGUCUUCAUAAACACUCAAAUCAGCAAACGGAAGCUGAACGAUGACAGUAUUGUAAAAAGCCAGAUGGAUUUGAAGACGCCGCACCACUCCGUCUCUGGCCGCAGCUACUUGGCGUCCACACCAGACAGCUCGAACGUAGCUGUUUAUGAGGGAGACUGGGUCUGGUUGAAGAAAUGUCCCGCUGGAUCAGUAUCGUCAGUCAACAGCAACACUGAGAUGCUCUUUGUUAAGCUCCGAGACAUGCGACAUGAAAACCUUAACCUGUUCCUGGGAUUGUUCUUUGACUCUGGGAUCUUUGGCAUUGUGACUGAACACUGCAUCAGGGGCAGCUUGGAGGAUUUGCUGGCCAAUGAAGAAGUGCGUCUUGACUGGAUGUUCAAAUCCUCCUUGUUAAUGGACCUCAUCAGGGGAAUGAAGUACCUCCAUCACCGCAACAUCAUCCACGGGCGACUCAAAUCCCGUAACUGUGUCGUAGACGGGCGCUUUGUGCUGAAGGUGACAGAUUAUGGGUUUAAUGAAAUCAUGAUCGCACAGGAACUUGACGAAGAAGAGGAAAAGCCUGAAGACAUGCUUUGGACAUCUCCUGAGCUGUUACGAAACUCAAAUCUGAGGAGAAGAGGCACAUUUCCUGGGGAUGUUUACAGUUUCUCCAUCAUAAUGCAGGAGGUGGUUUCUCGCUCCGCCCCUUUCUGCAUGCUAGACAUGCCUCCUAAAGAAAUUAUCAGCAAGGUAAAAGAGCCUCCCCCUCUGUGUCGGCCUGUUGUGUCUGUGGAAGAGGCUCCAUUGGAUAUAAUACAGUUAAUGAAGCAAGCCUGGAGUGAAGAACCAGAAAAAAGGCCCACUUUUGAGGAAAUCUUCAAACAGGUAAAAACGCUAAAAAACACACAUUCACAGGAGGAUUCCACGCCACUCUGCAUGAUCCUGACUGCUGCUCUUUUCACUCAGUUUAAGGGCAACUCAAAAGCCAAGAAAACCAACAUCAUUGACUCCAUGCUGCGGAUGUUAGAACAGUAUUCCUCCAAUUUGGAGGACCUGAUCAGGGAGAGGACAGAAGAGCUGGAGGUGGAAAGACAGAAAACUGACAAUCUGGUGGCUCAGAUGUUACCCAGAUCUGUGGCUCAAGCACUGAAGACGGGCAAGCCAGUUGAACCAGAACACUUCAGUGAAGUCACGCUGUAUUUCAGUGACAUUGUGGGCUUCAGCACCAUCUCAACUCUCAGCGAGCCCAUCGAGGUGGUCGACCUACUCAACGACCUCUAUUCGCUCUUUGAUGCCAUCAUUCCCUUACACGACGUCUACAAGGUGGAAACAAUAGGAGAUGCCUACAUGGUGGCCUCAGGCGUUCCCACCAGGAACGGCAACCGUCAUGCAGCAGAAAUGGCCAACAUGUCCCUGGACAUUCUGCACUGCAUUGGAACCUUCAAGGCCAGGCACAUGCCUGACCUAAAAAUCAGGAUCCGCAUUGGUUUGCAUUCAGGGCCGGUGGUCGCAGGAGUAGUUGGUCUAACCAUGCCUCGCUACUGUUUGUUUGGAGACACCGUCAACACCACAUCUCGAAUGGAGUCCACAGGAUUGCCUUACAGAAUUCAUGUCAACCAAAGCACAGUCAAUCUCCUGAACAGCUUGAAACUAGGAUACAAGAUUGAUGUCAGAGGCCUCACUGAGCUAAAGGGAAAAGGCAUCGAGACAACGUAUUGGUUGGUGGGGAAGGAAGACUUCAAGAAGUCUCUGCCAGUUCCUCUAGAUCUUCAAGGAGGAAAUAAUUUUGGCAUCACUUUGGAAGAGAUACCUCCCGAUAGAAGACAAAAAUUCCUGGAUCGACAGAAGAAGGCGUAACCCUCGAUUUUUUCCAAAGAUCUGGGGAAAUCAGCAGUUGAGACAAGUUUAUCAAACUUGUUACGAAUUUGUGGAAUUUCUAGACCAAAGUAACAUCUUUUCUUGCAUGUCAGAGAUCUUCUUAGAGCUUCCUCAUAGAUUGAUCACAGCAGUGCCACAAUAAACCCUGACUCCUGGAUGCAGAAACGGAUUCAAUGACAGUGGAAGGAAAGUAUGUUUCUAUCAGAGGUGCAAAUAUAUUUCUUAGCUGUGCUGGUUUACAGAGUACUGAUUCCCCUAAAAGAGGAUGAAUGUCAGAUGUUCUCCCCUCAUUUACUCUACAUAUGCAUAUCAAACUGUAACACAAUAAAACCAACAUCAAUAAUUAAGGUUUUUUUAAAGGUAGGACACAGGUCAGUCAGGGUUCAGGGGUCAGGGGAAUAGGAGAAAAAAAAUCUGAAUAAAUGAAGUCAAAUUGUGCGGAACAGGUUGUUCAUGUGGAAAAUCUGAUGUUCAUUUUAUAAAUAUUUGAAACCUUCAAUGUUCAUUUUAAUAUAACCUUAGGCCAUUCUUUAUUAUCGAUUUAUUGAGAGCAUCUUUUCCAUGCCAGUCUUUUGUUUUUACAAUUCCACCAACAGUUUUAUUUUUUUUUUAAAUGUCUGCAAACAAGAGUCAAAACAAGCUGGUGAAGGCGGGUUAGAUUUGUCGUGCAUGCAGUCCAUUAUUACGGCAUGCAUGGCUGAAUGCGUGGCGUGUUCAUGGCAGCAUUAGACCCUGUUGGAUCCAGUGUGUCUGUUCUGCACUGCUGCACAGAUGGUUUUAGUGACCUGACAGAAGUGAUCAGCUGCAGUAAUGUGCUCCAGCAGAUCCCGCUCCGUCUUGUGUCUCCCCAUCUUUGAAGAAGGACAUGUCGGCCACCCAUUAACUCCUGUUUACGAACAUCGACUAGGUCCGUGGGGCUUCUUGCUUCGAAACGUUCACCCCACGUUCAGCCCCCCCCCCCCACCCUUCCCCUCAAGGGAUGCUGUUCAUUCUACGGAGUAUAAGAUGAUGACUCCUUCCAAGUCACUUCUCUUCAGCUUGGGGACGUGUAUAUACUGUAAAUGUGUACAUAGUUUCUGCCCUGCAGACUUAGGGGCUUUUUAGAGUUUUUUUUCUGCUUGGGUUACCUAAUCCUCUGACUCAAAAGGGGGUUUCAACAAAAAGCAGGGGUUUAAUCACAGUGCAUUUGAAAAGCAAGCAGAGGCAUUGUUGCUGACAUUGAUACAACAGUGUGAGGAUGUGGGUUCUCCUUGAAAAUAUAGACUCUAGACACAUUUUUCGUGGCAGCUUGCUGCUGAUCGCUUGGAACCUGUUCUGGUUUAUUGCAGUCAAUGCUUCACAUAAAAGCUGCACAUCUUAUCAGUUGAUUAACAGAUUGUUUGACGUCUUUCCUGCCACAACGCUCAGCAUGACUGACUUGUCAUUGAUGUUUGAUGAAAUAAUGACAAAAGAGUACAUGUACAGUCCUGGAUCAGGAAAGCACCAAAGCAGUUUGGGUCUGUGAAGGUUAUCCGAGCAAACUUCAUCACACAAGACAGAACUUUUCUAGAUUUAUCACCAAUUUGCCAAACAGGUAGAUCUUAUCAACACAGAGGGGCAGUGCUGUUCAGUUGGAAAGUGAUCUCAGUGUGUAUCUGUAAAUAAAUUCAUGUUUUAGUGAA